AUGGCUCGUCGACCCCCCAAGGCCCAAAUCGUGAGGGAGUACUACAACGGCAAGGUCGUCAUUCAGGUCAGGGAUGAUGGUACGGUCACGGAGAAGAACUACAACCAUGUGAGUCGGGAUGAUGAUUAACAACGUGGACUAAACAGGCCGGUCGGGCCUUAUGGGACUGGUUAUAGUGAGACGCCGGGGAGUCGGCGUGUUCGGCCAGAGAGGGUUCACAUGCUACCCCUGCCUCGGGCUUCACAACAAUUCUGACUUACUUUCCUCAUCGUACAUGGGAAACUAACUCAUCCCUCCCUACGGUGUUGCUUCCUUCAUUACAGGUCAUCCAAGGCCUGAACGGUCUUUACAAGAACCCCAAAUUCCCCGAGAUGAAAGAUGUGAGUACCGAGCCCCUUGCUUGCUUUCAUCGUUCUAAAUGGAAGGAAUUUUAAUCUUCUUUCGUUGUCCCUCCCCGGUCCUACAGGACGCUCAAGAUCGGAUGUACCGCCUCGCGAUGGACUAUUAUCGAUAUCACUAG